AUGCAGAUUCUUAUUGCCGCAGUAGUACAUACUUUGAAUUUCAUCAUGCCCGAGUUCAGUACCAUUUGCACUCGAAAGACAAGGGCAAUAUCGUUCGCUUCUGUUACGUCUCAAGCGCAAGAGGCACUGGAGCUUGACGUCACCCCCAACAAAGCUAUUCUGGAACAAAUGAAAGUUGAACUAAACAUCAAACUGAAAGAAAAUGAGGACUCUUAUACAGGUCUAUCAUUUACAGUUCACUAG